GCUUCGGGACCGUUCUUCCAUAAAUCGACGACCUUCUUGAUCCCGGCAAUGAUCCAAAUCAAGCUUUUCAAGUGGGGCUCAUCCGCGCCCUGAAGCCAUUACGUCGUCUCUUUUUCUAUCCCUUCCCUUUGCUUCCGAUUUGACGACAACAGGAAUCCGUCCUCGAAUUGGCCAAUGAAGCUCGGGAGGAUUUAAGGUGAACAGUUUUAUUUGCAUUGUUGCAUUCUAGCCCAUAGCUCCAAGUGGGGUGCGUCGUCAUGGCGUUGAAGCUCAAGAAUGUGAAAGACUAAACUAACUGUACAUGUCACUCAAUUAUUUACACUCUUCCUCUAUAGACCUCCAACACUCACCACAAACUGACCGAAAAUGUCUCUUGCACGCUAUGUCGACCCCGACUCUAUAAUCCAAAACCUCCACUCCCUCCACAUCAAAGAAGCCUCCAAAAAACACCUCCACAGCAAGGGCGGCACCUCCCACAUAACACCCUACAGCACCCGCUAUGCCAGCAAGCAAGAGAUCUCGAAGUUCGAGAUCCCCAAACACGGCGCUCCCGCCGAUGCCGUGCAUCAAAUGCUCAAAGAUGAGCUGGAUCUUGACGGCCGACCAAACUUGAACCUAGCCAGCUUCGUAGGGACAUACAUGGAAACCCACGCCGAGCAGCUAAUGUUCGAAAACAUCUCCAAGAACAUGUCCGACGCAGACGAGUACCCCGCCAUGAUGGCCAUGCACACCCGCUGCAUCAGCAUCAUCGCCAACCUCUGGGGCGCAUCAUCCAAGUCCGACGAGAAAGCCAUCGGGUCCGCCACCACCGGCUCCAGCGAAGCCAUCCACCUCGGCGGCCUAGCCAUGAAACGCCGCUGGCAGGAAAAGCGGAAAGCCGAAGGAAAAUCUACCGAGAACCCAAAUAUCAUCAUGGGUGCCAACGCACAGGUUGCGCUUGAGAAGUUCGCGCGGUACUUUGAGGUUGAGGCGAGGAUUCUGCCGGUUUCGGAAAAGUCGAAUUAUCGUCUUGAUCCCGAAUUGGUGAAGGAGAAUAUUGACGAGAAUACUAUUGGCGUAUUUGUUAUUCUGGGGAGCACGUAUACAGGACACUACGAGCCCGUCGAAGAAAUCUCCAACAUCCUCGACGCCUACCAAGAGAAGACCGGAAUCGAUAUCCCCAUCCACGUCGAUGCCGCAUCUGGUGGAUUCGUAGCUCCAUUCAGGCACGCAGGUGCCGGUAAGCAUGGGAAAACGAAAUGGAAUUUCGAAUUGCCCAGAGUGAAGAGUAUCAAUACCUCCGGCCAUAAAUUCGGCCUUGUUUAUGCUGGCGUCGGAUGGAUCAUCUGGCGGGACGAAAGCUACCUUCCCAAACACCUGAUUUUCGAACUCCAUUACCUCGGCGGCACCGAGGAAUCCUACACAUUAAACUUCUCCCGCCCAGGUGCCCAAGUCAUCGCGCAGUACUACAACCUGAUCCAUCUCGGCUUUUCGGGAUAUCGCUCUAUCAUGGAGAACUGCAUGUCAAACGCACGAUUGCUGAGUAAGAGUCUGGAGGCUACGGGGUGGUAUACUUGUGUUUCUGAUAUUCAUCGCAAGGAGGGUGUGCAUGCUCUUGUGGAGGGAGAGGUUAGUGUGGGUGGUGAGGAGGGAGAGACGAGUGCGGAUUAUAAUGCUGGAUUACCGGUUGUGGCAUUUCGGUUUAGUGAUGAGUUUAAGAGGGAGUUUCCGCAUAUUAAGCAGGAGAAUAUCUCGAAUCUGCUGAGGGCGAAACAGUAUAUCAUUCCGAACUAUCCCCUCCCACCAUUCACAGACAAAACCGAAAUCCUCCGCGUCGUAGUCCGGGAAAGCAUGUCUUUCGAUCUACUCGACCGUCUGAUAAGCGAUAUCUGCGUCACUACUCAGAAUUUGAUUGACUCCGACACCCAAGACCUCAGUAUCCUAGCCCAAGCACACAAUAAAGGCAGCAAUACAGUAGAAAAAGAACACGGUACGCUGGGAACGCAGCAUAAGAACGAACAGGGACAACGGUUAGGUAAAGGUGGGAGGAGACCGAUGAGUGAGGGGGUGCAUAGGAGUGUUUGUUAGAGGGUGGAGGGUUUGGAGGUGGAGGGAGAUGAGGGGGAGAGGGGAAGGUAUGUUUUAUGAGGUAGAAGAACAAGAAAGAUAAAGGAUAGAUAAAAAGUCACAGAUAUAAAAUCACAGGAACAGAAACAGACACAAAUCCAAACACAAAACCCUUCUCAGAGAAAACAAACAAGAACACAACGAAUCGAUAAGCAGAAUAUACGCACCACUACCCCAUCCACCCACUCGUCUUUUCACACCAGUUCCUUUUCAUCAAUCGAGAAACGCAGUACUUAGGGCCCUAGUGUAUCUCCUGCAUCCAGAUCCACAGUCCAGAAUGCAAAAUCCAGAAUCCACUUGAUAUCCAUCUAUAUCCAUCCCCCCUCAACCUCGCCAUCGAGAUCAACUUAUUCACCUAUAGAGAUCAUUUACAAAGACCAAAAGACGAAAAAGUUACGUAUGUGACCUCACAAUCGCAGGUGAUAGGCUGGAAUGAUCAUCAAACUGGCAGUCCUCCUUUUAGGUAUGCCCAGGAGGGGGGGAGGAAGGGGCGGUGAGGUGAGUAAGGCGGUGCGAGGUAUGGUGGCUUGAGGGGUAUGGUGACUUGAGGGGUAUGAUGACUUGAGGUGGAGUGGGAUGAAGUGGGAUGGGAUGAGGUGGAAUGGAUGGGAUGGAAUGGGAUUAGAAUGUGAAGAGAGAGAGAAGAAGGGAUGAGAGGAGAUGAGAGGAGACCAGGAGAGCAGGACGGGGAGGUCAGGUGAGUUGAGGUGAGGAGAGGUGAGGUGAGGAGGGAGGAGAGCGAGUGCGAGGGAAAGGAAGUGAGUCGCGUUAAGUCAAGUCAGUCAUCUUAUAAAAAUACAGCAGCUAGCUAGCUACAGUCUCAGGAUAGAAACAGAA